ACACAAAUUGAGGUAACUCAACAUUCAAGUAGUGAACCAAGCAAAGGGGACAAGGGGUAGAGAGUGGGAGACAGAGAAUGGCACAAGUCCAGCAAUUCCUAGCACUAAGACCAUUCUCUUCUACAAAUGGGAUGUUCAUACCUAUCUUUCGACCUCCAUUUAACCCCAAAUUCCAUGUCUUUGGCGCCAUUUCUCUCUCCAAUUUUCACAGAAAACCAAAACUUUCCAAUCCCAAUUAUGUUUCCAUCUCUCGUUCUUCCCCUUUUGCUUAUCCUCACCACCCCACUUCUGGGUUUCGCCAUUUUUGCAAAUUUAGUGAUUCUGACUCAAUGUCACAGCUGGAGCUUGGGAAACAAUAUGGGAGACGCAAACCAGAGAAGAGGGUGAACGCAAUAUUCUGGAUUAUUCUUCUUAACCUUGCUAUAUAUGUGGCAGAUCACAUCUUUCUGGUUCGAGACAUCAAAGCCCUAUACUUGUUCCACAAUCGACCUGCUUGGUACCAGUUUGUGACAGCUGCAUUUUGUCAUGCAAAUUGGAACCAUCUUUCCAGCAAUCUGUUCUUUCUUUACAUUUUCGGGAAGCUCGUGGAAGAGGAAGAAGGUAGCUUUGCAUUGUGGCUUUCUUAUAUUCUAACAGGUGCUGGUGCAAACCUUGUUUCUUGGUUGGUUCUCCCAAGAAAUGCAGUUUCUGUUGGAGCCUCUGGUGCCGUUUUCGGCUUGUUUGCAAUAAGCGUCCUUGUGAAGAUGUCAUUGGAUUGGAGAAAGAUUCUUGAAGUGCUCAUAUUGGGCCAAUUUGUGAUAGAGAAGGUGAUGGAAGCAGCUCAAGCAUCAACUGGUUUGUCCAAUGGCUUCAUUGGAACCUACUCGUUACAGAAUGUCAACCACAUUGCGCAUCUAUCAGGUGCUUUGGUUGGGGUACUUUUGGUAUGGUUACUAAGUAGGGUUCCAUCUGAUCCGUCAGAAGGGUAGCCUGAGAA